CUUAUCUCUCUAUUCGCAGUCCCCACGCAACAGCAAACCCAAUACUCAAUACAUAAUUAUCCAUUUUUCUUAAAAAUCUUUUCCUUGUUUCUAGAUUUUGAAAUCCAGUACUGUGCUUGAUUGCCACCUAAUUGAGACAUAUUGCUACAUUUUCUUGACAAAAAAGGAAAAGCCAAGGGAAAUUGUUUCUUUAUCUGUCCUGGGUACAUCCUUUAGCAUUUCCCUAUUUCCGUCCAGCUCCGCUGCUUUUCAUUGCUGCGAUCUGAAUAUCCACAUAAUUGGUUUCUUGGUUUUUCUGAUUCUCUGUUAAAUCAAUUCAUAAUCUUGAGUAUUCUCAGUGGUUCAAUAGAUAUUCUUCUUUCCUCUGGGUUCUUUAACUGCAUUUAUAUAUGGGCUGAGGUGUACUUUUAAUGGGAGGUGUAGAGCAUGAAGAUCCACCCUUAAAACGCGUGAAAGUGUCAUCUGAAGAAUCAGACAGUUUUUCCAGCGUUGCAUCAGUUAGAGAGCUAGCGAGGUGCUCAUCGAGUGACUCAAUGGCUCGACUCCUAGAAUCUCAAGAAGAUGACGAGGUUGUUGGUGUAAAAGGAGUUGUGAAGAAAGUUGAACUUGUUAGAAUCAUUGCUGAGGCUCUAUAUUCUCUUGGUUAUGAAAAGACAGGAGCACAUCUAGAGGAAGAGUCAGGGAUACCUUUGCACUCCGCUGUUGUUAAUUUGUUUAUGCAACAAAUUAUUGAUGGUGAAUGGACUGAAAGUGUUGCCACAUUACAUAAAAUUGGUCUAAUAGAUGAAAAUAUUGUUAAGUUGGCAUCUUUUGUAAUAUUGGAGCAAAAGUUUUUUGAACUUUUGGUUGGAGAAAAAGUCAUGGAUGCUUUGAAGACGCUGAGAACUGAGAUUGCACCUCUGUGUGUAUGUACUAGCAGACUUCAUGAGCUUUCUUCCUUAAUUGUGUCUCCAUCACAGAUUGCUCUUGAUGGAACUUCUGAUCAACAGUUAAGGAUCAAGUCACGUAAAAAAUUACUGGAGGAAUUGAAAACGUUGCUGCCCUCUACGGUGAUGAUUCCUGAAAACCGAUUGGUGCUUCUUGUUGAACAGGCUCUCGACUUGCAAAGGGACGCUUGCAGGUUUCACAACUCCUUGGUUGAGGAAAUGUCAUUGCUCUCCGAUCAUCAGUGUGGAGGAGACCACAUUCCUUCUCAAACUUUACAGAUAUUACAAGAACACAGUAAUGAAGUCUGGUUCUUGCAAUUUUCUCACAAUGGAGACUACUUGGCCUCGUCAUCCAGUGAUUGUCUAGUGAUUAUAUGGGAGGUAAAAGUGGAUGGGCGAAUUUCCUUGAAGCAUAGAUUAUCUGGUCACCAGAAACCUGUCUCCUAUAUUUCAUGGAGCCCUGAUGAUCGUCAACUUCUUACUUGUGGAGUAGAAGAGGCUAUUAGACGUUGGGAAACUGCAUCUGGGGAAUGCCUCCUUGUAUAUGAAAAAGGCGGCCUCGGUUUGGUCUCUUGUGCAUGGGCACCGGAUGGUAGAAGGAUAUUUUGUGGUGUUACUGACAAAAGCAUCUGCAUGUGGGAUCUGGAAGGGAAAGAGGUAGAGUGUUGGAAAGGGCAAAAAACUACUAGAAUCUCAGACUUGGGGAUAUCUAGUGAUGGGAAACAUCUUAUUACUAUUUGUAAAGAAAAUAUGAUAUCAUUGUUUGGAUGGGAAUCAAAUUCUGAGAAAUUCAUUGAAGAGGAUCAAACUAUAAUUUCAUUCGCUUUGUCCAAAGACAAGAAGUUUUUGCUUGUUAGCCUAUUGAACCAAGAACUCCAUCUGUGGAAUAUCGAUGGGAGGGUGGAGCUAGUCGCCAAAUACAAAGGUCAUAAGCGUUCCCGUUUAGUUGUGAGGUCUUGUUUUGGUGGACUAGAUCAAGCAUUUAUUGCCAGUGGAAGUGAGGACUCACAGGUUUAUAUAUGGCACAGGAUCUCGGGAGAGCUCAUUUUUACAUUGCCUGGACAUUCUGGGGCUGUCAAUUGUGUUACCUGGAAUCCAGCUAAUCCUCAUAUGUUGGCUUCUGCAAGUGAUGAUCGGACCAUUCGCAUAUGGGGCUUAAAUCAGGUUGAUAUGACUGAAAAUGGGAAGCAUAGUACCGGUGUCUGCUACUGUAAUGGGGGCAACUUGAAGUCGUCAAUCCUUUAAAAUUUGUAUUUCCUGUCGAGUUGUAAAUUCUUU